UGCCUUGAAGAUAUUGAAGCCUUUCAAGGGUUGUAAUAUGUAUGAAAUUUCUUUCCGUGGUGUAGGCGUCACAAGAAAAGAGGAAGGUCGAGCCAUCAUUGACAGAGACGGUAUACUUGAUGGUCGUUCUAUGGUCUAUCUAAAGCAGAUAUGCGCGGAAAGAGUUUUACUACUAGAAAACCACAUUUUUGUAACAGAAGUGUCAGCUUUUUGUGGUCGUCUUUCCAAAUGUCUUAAGUAUGUGGACAUGACAGGAAAUAAUCUUCAAGGAACUAUACCGGCUUUGUAUCGUUUGUUGUCUUCACCAAAUCUGGAAACAAUUAUUUUUAUUUCAAAGCUUUACGAAAACAUGAUGACCAGCCUCGACCGCAAGAAACGCGUCAUGUUAACACCCCUUGAGAGCAAAAUACCUUCACAGAUUCACAGAGCAAAGAGUUUGAAGCGUAGACAGAACAAACAAUCCCACGAGCGGUCUUGUCAAAGUAGGGAGUUGCCAUUCCUAAACGACGAACACCAGACAGAUGGCAUCUUGAAGUUAUACGUUUCCAGAAAUCUAAAAACAGUCAUUUUUCACUUUGAUUACGGAUCUCUUUCCAUGUCCCGUAAAAGAAGGCUUAUGAAUGCUCACAGCCUGGAGACCUUCGUGUUGAGGUACGGGCAUAAAGGACUUAAAGAUUUCACGGGUGAAGUGUUUGGGGUUGAGCACAUUAAAAAUCUAGAUUUUUCGUAUAAUGAUCUUUCUAAUGUAACACUUAGAGCUUUUGAACAUUUUACUGGAAUUGAAACUUUGAUAUUUUCUCACACCAAUAUCAACGCGCUUUUCAUGUCCAGGGAAAGCAACCGACUUUUUCGUGUAACAACCUGUUUGAAAAGUUUGGAUCUAUCCUCAAACUCUUUGUCUGAGCUAAGCACAGGAACUUUCCGAGACAAUCACAGACUUGAAUCAGUCUAUCUAAGAGAUAAUCAUUUUCAGACGAUUCCUUUUGACAUCUCUCUCACCCCACAGCUGAGACUUUUGGACCUCAGCAAGAAUGCUGUUGUUCAGCUGAGUCGCAAGCAGCGACAGCAACUGGAUGCGCAUGCGCGCUUAGUAGCAGACUUCCACCUGGUCCUCAACGAAAACAUCUUGUCCUGCGGCUGCGAAGCCGUCCCAUUUCUCUUGUGGCUAUCACAAACGGCGGUUUCACUGGACAAUAACGGCAACUACUCAUGUGUCACGGCACAAGGUCAAGUCAGUUACACAUUUGCAUACCGAGACACGCAAGCUCUAUGGCGGAUAUGUUACGGAAAGUUCUAUCUGUGGUUCUCACUAGUGCUUCUGGCACUGAUGGUCACAUGCUUCCUGGCCGUGGUGUUCAUUUCUCGUCACAGUAACUACUUCCGGGCUGCCAUAUUCCGGAUUUUUAACCCGACGUUUAGAAUGAAGACUAGGGUGGACUACCCAAUCGCGGUUUCCAUUGGUUAUGCUGAAAGAGACUAUCGUUUUCCUUUCCAUCACCUACUGCCAUUUUUGGAACGUGAUCUUAACCUGACUACUUAUGUCAGGGACCGCGAUAGUCUGCCAGGCCAGUAUGUAGCUUCGGCUAUCAUGGACGCCAUGCAAAGUAGCUGGAGGAUCGUUCUUGUGGUCACUGCGGCGUUCCUCCGAGAUGACCAGUGGGCUGAGUUCACCUUCAGGUCAGCUGUGUACUCUCAGAGCCUCAGUAACCCGGCCCAGGUUGUGCUGAUUGUCGAAGAAAGGCUCAGAAACCGUUUACCCGCUCACCUUCUAGCAGCAGUGACUGAUGACAACAUUGUGCGUCUAGAUCAACUGCGCAUGUGUUAUGAACUUAAGCAACGACUUAGAGCUCUUCUCUUACAUGGAUAGCUCAUCGUUACCGUUAUGUGCAUGUACCUCAGUGUCUAUAUCAAU